AUGUUAUAAUAAUAACCAGCAACACAAGUCAGGCAAGCUAAGUUUGAUUCACAAUUGAGGCAUGGAGUAACACAACCAAAGCAAGAGUUAUUUUCAAAGUAGAAUUUAGGUUUACAAGAUAAACAAUUGGAGGCUGAAGUUACACAAGUGGCACAUGAAUCUAAACAAGGCAUACAAGAAUUAUUUUAUAUGAACUAUCCUGAAGAGCAUUAUUUGCAAAUUCCAUCCAAAUAAUAAUUCGAUUGGCAUUAAAUGCAUACAGAAGCACUAGAACAAUGUGAACAUCCAUUUGGGCAAUUCAUACAUAAGUUUCCAUCAAUGUAAUAGCCAUUAGCACAAGAUUAACAUUCAGUUUCAGAUAAACAAGUAGUGCAGUUCGAAUUACAUUUCGUACAAAGAUCAUUAUUAAGCCAAUAUCCAUUAAUACAAGAGGAACAUUAAUUCUCAUUUGUGCAUGAAGCACAUGUAGUUUCACAAGGAAGACAUGAAUUUCCAGAAAUGUAUUUUCCGAUAGCACAUGAGGUGCAAUUUGCUUCACUGUUUAAACAGGUUUCGCAAUUGGUUGAACAUUCAUGA